GACAUGCUCGCAUCACGUAGGGUAACUUGCUGAGCCUAAUAGUAGAACAAAACUCUCAAACAAAAGUCGAGUUGGGUCAAGUGCAGCGCUUGCCCGAUACUAAGUGGUUCCACGAUGAUUCCAUUGUGGGUCUUGUAAGGUGAGAGCAUCGUUGAGACUUUGCCUUAUUCUGGUCAUCAAUGUACAUCAUUAAAGAUAGCCUUGAUUGUUCCUAUGAGCAGAUAUAUAGUCCACAAGAGACUCACUUAAUAGAUGCUUGGCUUCGUCACCCACUUGAAUGUAAUGUUAAGGUUACACGUGACUUCGCGUCAAAUGCCAAACGCGACUCCCGAUCUUCGUCACGUCCUCCCAUCUUACUGGCAGAUCUUAACUUUGACUUCUUUCGCUAUGCGCAAUACAAUAUGAGUCCUUCGCGGAGUUUGAAGAGAACCGAUACCGAAGAUGGCUCCGUGUCGCCUCCACCCACGAAGCGGAAGCAGCCUGUUGCCAGUGGCACGACUCAAAAGGCCGUCAAGUCGUUCUUCACGCCAGCAUCGCAGAAACAGCCUGAGCAGAUGACGUGGAAAGUGUGGAAUGAUACUCUGCUUGCUGGAGAGUUCGCGCCAUCCGCCUCGCAGGAGCAGGCAAGAACUGAAGAUUCGAGAUCAAGAAAGAUUGCAGCUUUUGACUUUGACUCAACACUUAUUGUUCCAUCGUCAGGCAACAAAUUCUCUAAAGGGGCGACCGAUUGGAAAUGGUGGGCCCCUACUGUACCAACAGUAUUGAAAGAGCUCCAUGAUCAAGGCUAUCUUGUAGCCGUCGUCAGUAACCAAGCAGGGAUAACAAUGAAUGCGAAGUCGCCCAAGUUAGAGAUGAAGCGACUCAACGACUUCAAACAGAAGGUCGCAGCAGUCUUUUCGCAUCUAGAUAUGCCUAUAUGCAUCUAUGCAGCUACCGAGAAAGACCAGUUUCGCAAGCCGCGAACUGGAAUGUGGACGAGGCUAUUACAAGACCACAACCUUGAGAAGCCAGAUGCAGUCGAUCUUGAGGGAUCAAUAUUUGUGGGAGACGCCGCCGGUAGAGGAUCAGAGAAGGGAAACAAAGACCAUUCGUGUUCCGAUCGAGACUUCGCCGCCAAUGUAGGCAUAAAAUUCUACAGCCCUGAGGAGUAUUUUUCCAAAGAGGACGCCCGACCAUUUGUUCGGAACUUCGAUCCAGCCAAUUAUUUGGCCAUGUCGAUACAAACAGGGUCCUCAAUAGACAACCCAUCUUCGAUAUUUGUUAAAAGUAACCCCCUGGAUAUUGUCUUGUUCAGUGGGAGUCCUGCCGCCGGGAAGAGCACCUACUACUGGCGACAUCUUAAACCCCUGGGGUAUGAGCGUGUAAAUCAAGACAUCUUAAAGACGAGAGACAGAUGCCUGAAAGUCGCUGAUGAUCUAUUGAGAGAGAACAAGUCUGUUGCCGUCGACAACACGAAUGCGGAUCCGGAAGUACGCGCCUAUUGGGUAGAACUUGCGAGGAAGCACAAAGUCCCAAUACGUUGCGUACUUUUCACGGCUGAUCCACGCCUUUGCGAACACAACGAUGUCGUGCGAUCAUUAGGCGAAAUCAGCUACCCAGAGUGUGCGCCAGAAGCCCGUGAUGAACUGUCAAGUAUGAACCCCGAAAAGCGAACGUCACUCCCGAAGUCCGCCUUCUACAGCUUCACGAAGCGCUACCGCGAACCAACGCUCAAGGAAGGCUUCCAGGACAUAACGAAAGUGGAUUUCAAUUUCGAAGGCACCCCUUCCCAGCGCGCGGUGUGGAGCAAAUACUGGGUAUCCUAGCAAAUCGAGGUUCUUAUAUGCGGCGAAUGGUGGUUACACGGGAAGGGAGAGGCUCGGACGAAGCAGCCCGUCCAACGGGAUUCUC